AUGUCUCGAGCGUGUGCGCCGCCGCAGCCUAUUCGCGCCGCGCGCAAAACCGAGUGGCUCCGCUGCGCCCUCGCGCACCACUUCAGCCGUGAGCCCGAGGUCGAGAACGAGAUCGUGGUGCUGGCCACCGGCAUCGACCAGUACCUGCAAGAGGUCUUCCAUCACCUCGCUUACGCCAGCAGCAGCAGCAGCGAUCUGGUGUCCGAACAGGACUUCCGGCUGCUCUGUUCGGUACUCGGUGUGAGCGCGGAUGAGGACAGAGCGCGCGAGGAGAGGGAGGUGUGCUCCGAGCUUCCACGCGCGCUCAGCUUCAGGGAGUUUCACUCGCGCCUCUGCGGUUUCUUCGCCGUCCGAGCGCGAGACGCACCGACAUCCGCGCGCCUUCCGGUCACCGAGGAAACGGAGCACGUUGAGCGCGAGAUCAGGCUCCGGUGGCCGCGAGUGCGGCGGAGAAAAUGCGUCAGCUUCGACUUAAGUCGGGACGGUGCUGCAAACAGGAUAUCACGCGACAGGAAGGAAAACGUGAAAGUGUCCGCACCGGAUGCAGGACAGCAAGGUCAGCAGAGAUCAUGGCAGGAACAGGUUGAGCUGGAGAACAGCAGUUUGAGAGAGCUUGUGGAAGACCUGCGUUCGGCUCUCCAGAGCAGCGACGCUCGCUGCAUGUCCCUUGAGGUGGCCCUGAGGAGGGAGCGUCUGUACGCACCUGGCAAAAACUCUCCACAAAUCAAUGAAAGGCAAACCUGCUUUGCUGGCAGUGAGCCCAGACUGACGCAAACUAAACAAACCAGGCGCACUAAGGACCUGCUCCGAGAGCUAGAGUUGAUCCGGGCUUCACGUGACGGCCAGCUGGAGGAGGCGAUGAGGUUCAACCAGAGGCUGGAGGAGGAGGUUAUGUCAGCAUACAGUGAGGUCAGCAGGCUGGAGGAAACAGUGGCGAGGCUGAGAAGAGAGAGCGGAGAGAUCAAGAGGAGGGCUGAGGAUGCGAGAGCGGCUCUUGCUGCAGGUCUGGCGAGGGUCAAAGACAUCCAGGACCAGGCGGAGCAGGUCGGGCCACUGCAGGAGAAAGUCCAAAACCUCGAGGUGGAACUGGAGACAUUCAGAUCUCGGUGCACCUGCAGAGCUGACCAUGAGAGAAGAACCGAACCUCCAGUCGAGUCAGUGGAACCCACAGCGCGCGCAAUUCCCACAGGCCGAGAUGAGACGCUCAUCAGAGGAGAGGAAGACCUGCAGAGGGCGGUGGAGGGCCGAGCAGCCUCGGAUGAGGAGGAGGAUGGGAAGGUGAAGGAGGAAGGCCAGUGCUGUCUCCUGGAGGUGAAGCGACUUAUUAACAAACUUCACAACUGCGCAAAGGGAUGUCAGAAGAUGGCGUUGUGUCAUCUGCUCCUGUCAGAGAACUCUACAGGUCAUUAUAGCAAUCAGACCGGCUGCACUGGUCCACCAGAGUCAAAGACAAGGGGACGAAGGCACCACAUGCUUCUGGAUGAAAAGAAAACGGAUAAAAGAAUCUCGCGGAGAACCCUGGGUAAAAUCCUGCUGAACACACUAGAUCUGUGCAACACGAAAGGCCAAGAAUCGAUUCCCGUCUUCCAGGUCGUGGACGCUCUUUGUCAGCAGCUGGUCUCCAGCGAGCUGGUGUGUGUGGAGGGAGAUGUCACGACGUGGCGAGGUGUAAACCCACAUCACCGAAACAGCACAAACCCCCUCCUCAUCUCCUGCUGAGACUGAGACUUGUGUACUUCAUCCAGGUCUUUGAGGAAGAUCCUUAAAUCCUUAACAUGUGAUAGUUAGAUCUCUAUCUAAUUUGUUUCACUGCAUUAUAUAUAAGAUUAAAAGAACCUCAUAAAAAAAGAUUCCUUUGUGUGUGUCGAAAACAUUGUCUCACUUCCAAAAAAAAACCCCUAGUGGUUGCCAUUAACACAUUUUCCCAUCAAGAUAUAAUUGUUUUUCCAGGAUUCAGUUACAGAGCCAUACUCGUGUAUUACAGUAUCUCCUUACUUACAAGUGAUCCGUGCUGGAAAAAGAAAAAG